AUGGCCGCACGAGAAUCGGGACGCAUUCGGGAAGCGGACAAGAAGCGAACGUUGGAUGAUGCGGCAAGAAAGCGUCGCGCGCGGAAGGCACUGGAGGCCCUGGAACAGGACAACUACCACGAAGAUCCGCACGCCGAUCUGGUGAUGUCAAAAAAGGUUCCAAAAUUCUACGACAAUCUGGAUGGCAGUGCGCCGAGUAAGAAGAAAAAUCGCCGCACCAAGGGUGCUGAGUAUUAUCGGGCAAAGUAUCGUAAAACGUUCCCGCAGUUGCUCGAAGAGGACAAGCUGCAGCGGCCGGAUCCGCCGAACUACUUCAGUGCUGCCGCACCACCUUCGAAGCUGCCGGAGCGACAUUUUUGUGCGGUUUGUGGGUUUCCUUCCAGCUACACGUGUACGGCGUGCGGGACGCGGUACUGCUGUGUUCGCUGCCUUGGCACACACCAGGACACUCGCUGUCUCAAGUGGACUGCAUAAACCCGUCGCAAGCGAAACUUAAACACUGUUAUAUGCAAUAAAGGAAAAACAAAAUUCUGCCUCGAUAGACGAUAUUUGCAUGCUUUUUUGUUUCAUUUGUGAAUUGGAAUUCAAAUAUCGUGUAAAUUACAAAUAUAAUUCUUUCGGAUUAACGUUAACACACUGGAUACUUAAAACAAAAAGAACGGAUGUUUCGAGCGCCAUAAAACUGAACAAUUGAGGAAACAGGACAGAAAAGAAAAAAUAAA